AUGGAGGAUACCUGGCAUGUUCUGUUUGGAUGUGAUGUUACUAACAGGUGUUGGAGAAUAGCCGGUCUUUCAAAUGUUAUCGACCCUCGGGUAGCUACUUUUGAUAAUUCUUCUUCUUUGAUUCUAGAUGUUUUUAGUCGAGAGGAUAGUAUGACGGCGGGGAGGGUUGCGGUAAUGAUUGAGGUGUUGUGGAGGAAUAGGAAUAAUAUGAUCUGGAAUAAUGAGAGUGAGAAUUAUUCCAAACUCGGUUUGCAUGCUCUAGCUAGUUGGCAGGAAUGGCAUAUGGCUCAGGAGAGUGUCCCUCGGGCUCAUGAUCAGGUGCAAAUUACUUCUUGGAUUCCACCUCCGUUCGGAAUGUUUAAAUGUAAUUUGGAUGCAGGUUUUAACAAUAUCCGUGGGACCUCGAAUCGGGGCUGGUGCGUGAGGAAUAGCAUGGGCUCGUUUGUGUUUGCAGGAGCGGCAUGGGAUGUUGGUAUUUCUCCCGUUCUGGACAUGGAGGCUUUGGCGCUCAAGGAAGAUAUGCUUAAUGCUAUUGAUUUGGGUUUGGAUCAUGUUAUCUUUGAGAGUGAUUCCCAAAACGUGACUAAUGUUAUUCGAUCCAACCUUAUUGGUAUUUCAGAGUUUAGUUUUAUUAUUUCAUCUAUUAAGUCUUUGUUGCUCUCUUUUCCUAACUUUGAGGUAAAGUUUGUAAAACGCCAAGCGAAUUCGGUUGCUCAUACGUUAGCAAAAGCGGCCGAUUCUUGGACUAGGCGUAGUUUAUUUUACACGAUUCCUCCUUGUAUUGAACCUUUAUUAUAUAAUGAAAUGAGUUGA